GAACGCUGAGCCACAACCUUCAGCGGAUGCGCGACUCGUGCCCGGGCAGCUCCGUGCCCUGCACAGUGGAAGCAGGAUGCGCGUUCGCAGUCAGGGGGAAGCGGAGGCUGCAGACAGCCCUAGUAGUUACCGCCUGUGUUUAGGCAGCAGGGGGACCGGAAGAGUAGGAGGAAGCAGGAGAGGGUUUCCUGAGAUGAGAGAUUACUUCCGUCCAUCCAUCCUGCCAGCCACCCUCUCCUCAGUCUGCAGCCGGCUGGGGGUACUGAGGAGCCAGCACCGGGUCUUGGAGCAGUAGCAGCCACGCUUGCUCCAAGUCAGGGGCGUGUUCUUCAAGGGGUUGUUCUGUUGGCUCGUCACAAACCAGACCCAGAAGCCUCCGGAAUUUUUGAGCUCCCUAAAUCUCCACCCCAGAGCAAUGGUGGCCAAACAGCGGAUUCGGAUGGCUAACGAAAAGCACAGCAAAAACAUCACACAGAGAGGGAACGUAGCCAAAACCCUGAGGCCCCAAGAGGAGAAAUAUCCUGUAGGACCAUGGCUACUGGCACUGUUUGUUUUUGUUGUCUGUGGAUCAGCUAUCUUUCAGAUCAUUCAGAGUAUAAGGAUGGGCAUGUGAGGAGCUGCGUAGAUUUGACAUUGCCUUUAUCAUCCAACAUGGUGGACCAGAUACAAUUUUAGCCUGACAUAAAUGUGAAGAGCUCUUAUCUGAGAGUACCUGUGUGUUUCCUCUUGAAUGGGGCAGACCAAAUUACCUGUUGACCUGUCAUAUCGUUUGCGUAUGUGUUUUAACUGCCACAGCAGAAAAGGACAUUUUGCUUUUCUAUUGACUUAAUGAGUUAACCACAUUGGUUAGCUGUCAGUGCUGUUCAGUUGAUUUCCUUCUUCUUUUACCUAAUGUAUUUAUGUGUGAUCAUGUGAGUGCCUGUUUAUCUACUCUGUACAUUAUAAUUGUUUUAUGCUGGAACUUUG